AGACUCCUGUCAGCUACCAGGACAGAUGGGGAAUAGCAAGAGCCUCUCGGGGCAGAGUCUCUCCCCGCGGUUUCUUCCUGCGGAGCAGACCGAGAUCGACAGAUUGUUUGAUGCUCUGUCGUCAGCGGAACUCCGCUCCAGUACCUCGCCCAGAUCCUUCUCUCUGCAGGCACUGAAGAGCCAUGUGGGGGAAGCUCUUCCCCCAGAGAUGGUCACCAGACUGUUUGAGGGCAUGCGGAGGGUGGACGUGACUGGGAAGACCAAGGGGCCCAGUGAGCGCAUCUCCCAGGAGCAGUUCACAGUGUCCAUGUCCUACCUUUUGAAAGGAAAUGCUGAGGAGAAGAGUCUCGUGAUCCUGAAAAUGAUUUCUGCCACAGAAGGUCCCGUGAAAGCAAGAGAGGUCAAGAAGUUUACAGAGGACCUGGUUGGCUCCGUGGCACACGUGCUAAGCUACAGACAGGAGCUGAGAGGCUGGGCUCAGAAGCAGGCCCCAGGCUCCCUGUCCAGGGUGCAGGCGCUGGCUGCUCAGCUGUGCUCCGAGAUGAAGCUUCAAGGCGGUGAGAAGCUUCUGGGGCCUCAGCGGCUGGAAUGUGACCGAACCACAAUUGAGGACUGGGUGUUCAGGGCCCCCCACGUGGCCACGUUUCUGAGCGUGGUCAUCCACCAAGGCUUCCUCCUCCUGUGCUCGUCCCUCGAUCUGGCCGCCCUGGUCCCCGAGCGCCAAGUCGACCAGGAACGGAAGUUUGCGAGCGUCCUGGAUGUCCUGUCCGUCAUCUACAUCAACUCCCACCUGCCCAGGGAGCAGCGGCAGCACUGGCGCCUGCUGUUCUCAUCCGAGCUCCACGGGCACAGCUUCGCCCAGCUCUGCGGGCGCAUCACACACUGUGGGCCCUGCGUGGUGCUGCUCGAGGACCAUGACGGCCAUGUGUUCGGUGGCUUUGCUUCCUGCUCCUGGGAGGUCAAACCUCAGUUUCAAGGGGAUGACAGGUGCUUCCUGUUCUCCAUCUCCCCCAGCAUGGCCGUGUACACCUCCACGGGCUACAAUGACCACUACAUGUACCUGAAUCAAGGGCAGCAGACCAUCCCGAAUGGACUGGGCAUGGGAGGGCAGCACAAUUAUUUUGGCCUGUGGAUCGAUGUCGAUUUCGGGAAAGGACACAGCAAGGCCAAGCCCACAUGUACCACGUACAACAGCCCUCAGCUCUCGGCCCAGGAGGACUUCCAGUUCGAGAAGAUGGAGGUGUGGGCGGUGGGAGAUGCUUCGGUGACACAGCUGGCCAAGAGCACCAAGAGCGUUCUGGACGUGGACCCUACGGCCCAGGCCCUGCUGGAAGUCAGUGGGCGGAUUCGCCACAGCGAAGGGCUCCGGGAGGUGCCUGAGGACCAGUGAGGCGGAGCCCCCAGCACGGGCCUUCCUGGAGCUGGAGCACAGCCUGCAGACUGUGUUUUACUUUAAUCCAGAGCGUGCUGGUCACGUCUAGGUGGUCCUGGAGGUGCCUAAUUGAAACAGAGUACAGUCCCUCUGAUGCUCUAUAUCCAUUGGUGGGUGUGUCUCCCCCGAAAUAUGUCCAAUUACCAGCUUGAUUCUUGGACUUUGCUCAUUUUGUACAGAUGAAAUCCAAAGACGAUGCUGAGACGUUUGAGGCCGACUGGAAUUAGCAGUGGUUGGGGAUUUGAGUUCUUGCUGGAGGGGAGAGGGCGGGUCCACUCACUGAGCGUCACUUGGCCUCUGCACAGGCCUCCCAGUUAAAAGCCUCGAUGUCCCAUGUCUACUGGUAAAGGGCAGAGGUGCUCCGACGGGAAUCUCAACCCUUCGGGGAACAGCUUCCUCUGACAUGGAAUUUUUGUAUUUCGGGAAAAAAAAAAAAAA